CAUUCACCCCUUUCAUUUGUUUGUUCACAUUCACUAACUUCAGUAUGACUGAAACUGCUACUUUUGCUGCAGGCUGCUUCUGGGGUGUCGAGAAGGCAUUCCAGAAGUUCUACAAGGAUGAGGAUAUUGAAACCAAGGUUGGAUACACAGGUGGCGAUGACUCCAACCCUAAUUAUAAGAAAGUCUGCACUGGAACGACUGAGCAUGCAGAGGCUCUCCAGAUCAAAUACACUCCCAACGACAAGAUCAACUAUCCUAAUUUAGUCGAAUUCUUCUAUAGGAUGCAUGAUCCUACUACCAUUAACUCCCAGGGCCCUGAUGUCGGAACACAAUAUCGGUCUGCUAUCUUUUACCAUUCACCCGAGCAGGAACAGAUAGCUAGAAAGGUUACAUCCGAGGUUCAAGAGAAGCACUACAAGGGACAGCAUAUUGUUACAGAGAUCGUUCCUGCAAGUGAAUGGUAUGAUGCAGAAGAGUAUCAUCAAAACUAUUUGAACAAGAAUCCAGAAGGAUAUGAAUGUCCAUCGCAUUUCUUACGUUGGUGAAGAACGAACAUUGCCUUAUAAUUGAUUAUUAAUAAAGAUUCC